GGGGCAGUCAUUAAUUAAAGAAGAGAAAAAAGGCUGACACGCGAAGGAUCGCGUCACUCCUCCGGAGCCCCUCCCAGCCCAGCGCGUGCGUCGGAUCACGGCUUCACAAAGAGAUCUCACCAUGAAAGCGAUUAUUGUGGCAGCGCUUUGUGCCCUCCUUUGUGCCGCUGUAUCGGGAUCUUUGAAAGUGAAAAAAGAGCACAGGACGGCGUUCUUUGGUGAGGACAUCCACAUCAAUAUCCCGUCGGGGAGGUUUAGCGAGGUUGUGUUCAAAUCCAGGAGCAAUCCUUCCUCUGAGGUGGUUCUGCUCCAGUCGGGCUUGGUGGUGAACCCGCGGUGUUACCUGAAUUCUCUUGGCCACUUGGUGCUGGACAAUGUCCAGGAAGAGGAUGAAGGCAUAUACGUGAUCAAGAACAACAACAACCCCAACAUGGUCGAGCAGCUGAUCCUCAAUGUCAGGGACUGUGCUGUGGAGGAAGUGGUGAAGUACGGAGAAACCUAUCACAUUUCUCUCAACCACAUCCAGAGUCCCAUCACACUGGAGUUCAGGCCCAGUUUGGUCCAGUCCAACCAGACCGACAUUCAGCACAUGACAGAACCUCCGGCUGUGGUGCUGUACAACCAGACAGAGGUGACCGCAGAGGAGUACGUGGGACGUCUCAGUGUUUCCGAGAAACGUGUGGCGCUGAACUCAGUCAGGAUGACAGAUGAGGGGAGCUUCACAGUGCUGGACCGUGAUGGCAAAGUCAGGAGGAGGAACUGUCUGAACGUCCGAGAGCACCAGAACUUCAUCCAGCUGUCUUAUGGAGAAACCCUGAAGAUGAAACUCUACCUGCAUCACUCCCACGUCAGCGUCGUCUACAGGUCCAAAUCUGACACCCAGGAUCAAGCUGUCCUCGACCAGGGGGUCCUGGUGGUCCCCCUGCUUGCCCAGCUGGAGGGCAGGCUAACUGUAGAGGGGGCAGAGCUCAUUGUGAAGAAGGUCAACAUGGCAGACACUGGUGUCUUCAAAGUGACAGACCUGACCGGGUUUGCUGUGGCUCAUGUUUACGUCGAAGUGGAAGCCUAUAAGCUUCCUCGGCUGACGGUGGCCAUCCUCUCCAUGCUGAGCAUCAUCGCCUCCAUGCUGCUGGUGUGUCUGCUGUCCUGUCUCUAUAAAGUUCACAAGAGGAAUAAGAAGAACAAGAAGCUGAUGCUCCUUGCUCAGCAGGCCGGCAAAGGAGAUGGCGAAGCAUUCCGACAGGUGGUCCAUGAAGCUUACACUCGGUUCACAGAAGAAUCUCUGCUGCAGUCUGUGUGCGAUAAGCCAUCAGAGAGCACAGAGGUCACCAUCAAGGGCCUCGAGGUAUCCAAACCCGGCCGUUACCAAGCUCUCCCCUCAGAGAAUUUCUUGGAGAUGAGUGACUCCGGGGUGGAGUUCACCUCCUCUGGUAUCCCGCUGGACAGUGACACUGACGGUGCAGUAACCUACGCCUCCCGUAAGCCCCUCCUCAACGCCAUCUCUCCCACAGCCGUUGCAGCAGGAGUUCACUCCAACAGCCCGGACGCUCCUGCGGGUCUCGAUGGUGACCUCAGCACCACUCGAACCCCUGACUCUGUCAUGAGUGCUAGCCCCACCUCCAAUCCUUGCUCGUUUCCUGCUGCAACCCCUGAUGGCAGUUUGCGUGGGUCUGCAUCACCGGGAAUGGCCUCCAGGGGCACCGUUGGGUCAGAAUCUUUGAAGUCAGCAGUGGAAGAUGCUGAGAAGAGAGAAGCUGAGCAGAAGGAGGCCUCAGGUCAGAGCACCUGAGAGGAGGUGCUGUGGUGUUUUUUUUCCAUAUCCACAAUCAUCAUCCUCUAAGUUUUUUGGGAACCACCACAUCUCCCAGCACCAAGUCUUUGCUCACCGCAUUUGAAAAUGCAUCACAGACAAAGCGCAUCAUUGUUCCACCUGGAUGUCAGUGUAGUCGGGAGGGAAAUCAGUCAGUCGCACAAACUGCACAAAUGGAGAUUUGGAGACAUCACACACUGCAAAACGAGAGCUCCAUCAAACAACGAACAAAUCAUCUCUCUGCAUAUGGAAAAUGCAUGCAUUUAAAUUUAAACAUUAGAUAUUCAGAUGUUUGUCCUUGGUAACCUUAGAGUAGACUGACUGCAUGCAAACUUAAACGAGCAGUGCAGACUCAAAAACAAAACAAAACACAAGACAACGUUAUAACGACAUGAAAAAGGCUUUAGGAUGACACCCAAAGGGGAUUAAAUGCUUUAAUUUUCUGUAAAACGUCUACGGCAGCAGAAGGAGAAAGCGUGUGGCCUCUUGAGGUGGGUCCUGAUGUCUUUCCUCCUUUCCUUCCACCCACUCGCCGACUCUGUUAUUAGCUGCACAAACACGACGAGGCGUUUGAGAGCUUAGACAGAACAGCUUGUCUCAGCAGUGGAUGACGAAAACCCUCCUCAGUGCGCUCUGUUUGCAAAACCUGCAACCUGAAGCGAGCAGCGUUUGACUGACUUCACACAGAUGUUUUUGGGCAUCAAACCUCUGACAUGUCUGAACAAAUAGCUUAAAAACAAGCGCAGACUGAGGUAACUCCCCUUUUCCUCUCCAUCCAUGCCCUCAGUUGUCUCACCUUCUGUCAGUGCCAUGCUUUGCUACACUUGUGGGACUUUUGGAACAGUUCCAGAGACUGCAAUUGAAUUCUUGGCCAUUUUACAGAUGGACCAGUUCACAGAUGCUGAGAAUGAGGACCACUGAUGAAGGGGAGGACACAGAUGGAACAAAGUGCCGUUUGAGGCGGGGAGACGAAUAGCCUGCAAGAUUUUUCUUUUGCCUCCUGCUUUCAUCAGCUCCCAUCCACGUGAUGGAGCGCUGAUUAUUGCAUCCCAGUUGUUUGCCAAAAUGAAGCGAUUGGAAAGCCACAGUCGAAUCAAUCUGCGAUAAUGAUGCCGCCGCAGCCCAGAUGAAGUCAGAGUGAAUAACAGCAUCCUGCGUUAUUAUAUUCAGUGCACCGUAUGGAGAUAUGAUUCCUCUUGGCUCAUAAAUAACAGGAAAAGUGAAGGGCAUUCUAAUUG